AAAAAUAGACAACCAUCUUUAAUUUUUGCCAUUCUUGUCCAUUUUUUGAUUCUUUGCUUUGUAUUGCAGCUUUCAGAAAUGGAUAUUGGCUUAGCAGUUGGUGGUGCAUUUCUCUCUUCAGUCCUGCAAGUUCUAUUCGAUAGGCUUGCUCCACAGGGCGAGCUGCUGAAGAUGUUUCAGAGGGACAAGCGUGAUGUUCGGCUCUUAAAGAAGCUGAGGAUGACUUUGCUUGGCCUUCAGGCUGUGUUAAGUGAUGCGGAGAAUAAGCAAGCAUCAAAUCCAUACGUGAGCCAGUGGCUUAGUGAGCUUCAAGAUGCUGUGGAUGGCGCUGAGAACUUAAUAGAACAAGUCAAUUAUGAGGUUUUGAGAUUAAAGGUGGAAGGUCAGCAUCAAAAUCUUGGAGAAACAAGCAACCCACAGAUAAGUCACCUCAGCUUGCCCUUGAGUGAUGAAUUUUUUCUUAACAUAAAGGAUAAGUUGGAAGAAAACAUUGAAACACUGGAGGAGUUGCAAAAGCAAAUUGGUUUUCUUGAUCUAACAAAAUAUCUUGAUUCGAGUAAACAAGAAACAAGAGAAUUUUCAACUUCUGUGGUUGUUGAGUCUGAAAUCUUUGGCAGGCAGAAUGAAAUAGAGGAAUUGAUUGACCGUUUGUUGUCUGAGGAUGGACAUGGAAAAAAUCUGACUGUAAUUCCUGUUGUUGGAAUGGGGGGUGUGGGUAAGACAACACUUGCUAAAUCUGUUUACAAUGAUGAGAAGGUAAAAGAACAUUUUGGUUUGAAAGCUUGGAUCUGUGUGUCUGAACCAUAUGAUGCCGUCAGAAUAACGAAGGAGUUACUUCAGGAAAUUGGUUUAAAGGUUGAUAAUAAUCUGAAUCAACUUCAAGUCAAAUUGAAGGAAAGCUUAAAGGGAAAAAAGUUUCUUAUUGUCCUAGAUGACGUGUGGAAUGACAACUAUAAAGAAUGGGAUGACUUGAGAAAUCUUUUUGUACAAGGAGAUGUAGGAAGUAAGAUCAUUGUGACGACACGUAAGGAGAGUGUUGCCUUGAUGAUGGGUAGUGGGGUAAUCAAUGUGGGCACUCUGUCUAGUGAAGUCUCUUGGGCUCUAUUCAAACGACAUUCAUUAGAAAAUAGGGAUCCUGAGGAACAUCCAGAACUUGAAGAGGUUGGAAUACAAAUUGCACACAAGUGCAAAGGAUUGCCUUUAGCUCUAAAGGCACUUGCUGGUAUUUUACGCUCCAAAUCAGAGGUGGAUGAGUGGAGAGACAUUUUAAGAAGUGAAAUAUGGGAGCUGCCAAGUCGUUCGAAUGGAAUUUUACCAGCAUUGAUGUUGAGCUACAAUGAUCUUCGUCCACAUUUGAAGCGGUGUUUUGCUUUUUGUGCAAUAUAUCCCAAAGAUUAUCUAUUUUGCAAAGAGCAAGUUAUUCACCUGUGGAUUGCUAAUGGUCUUGUACAGCAGUUGCAUUCAGCUAACCAAUACUUUCUUGAGUUGAGAUCGAGAUCAUUGUUUGAAAGGGUCCGAGAGUCUUCUGAAUGGAAUCCGGGGGAAUUCUUAAUGCAUGACCUUGUCAAUGAUUUGGCCCAAAUGGCAUCUUCAAAUCUUUGUAUUAGGUUGGAAGAGAACCAAGGAUCUCAUAUGUUGGAACAAAGUCGGCACAUGUCCUAUUCAAUGGGCCAAGGUGACUUUGAAAAGUUGAAACUCCUGUACAAAUUGGAGCAGCUGAGGACAUUACUUCCCAUUGAUAUCCAGCAGCGUUCAUGCCGUCUAAGCAAGAGGGUGCUGCAUGACAUAUUGCCAAGACUAACAUCUUUGAGGGCACUAUCAUUGUCUCAUUAUGAGAAUGCGGAGUUGCCAGAUAACUUGUUUAUCAAAUUAAAGCACCUAAGGUUUUUGGACCUCUCCUGGACAGCUAUAAAAAAGUUGCCAGAUUCAAUUUGUGUACUGUACAACUUAGAGACACUUCUCUUGUCACAUUGUAGUAAUCUUUAUAAGCUACCUCUGCUUAUGGAAAAAUUGAUCAACUUGCGUCACCUUGACAUUAGCGAAGCUCAUUUGAGGAGACCCCUACAUCUGAACAAGUUGAAAAGUCUCCAUGUGCUAGUGGGAGCCAAGUUUCUUCUAAGUGGUCGCAGUGGUUCCAGAAUGGAAGAUUUGGGUGAACUACAUAACUUGUAUGGAUCUCUAUCAAUUCUAGAGUUGCAAAAUGUGAUUGAUAGAAGGGAAUCUAUGAAGGCAAAUAUGAGGGAAAAGAAACACGUUGAAAGGUUAUCUUUGGAGUGGAGUGGAAGUGAUGCUGACAAUUCACGAACUGAAAGAGACAUACUUGAUGAGCUACAACCAAAUACAAACAUAAAAGUACUCCAAAUUACCGGAUAUAGAGGGACAAAAUUUCCAAAUUGGCUAGCUGAUAAUUCAUUUCAUAAGCUAAUAGAAGUGUCUCUUAGCUACUGCAAGGACUGUGAUUCCUUGCCAGCACUAGGACAACUUCCUUGUUUAAAAUUCCUUACCAUUAGAGGGAUGCAUCAAAUAACAGAGGUGACUGAAGAGUUCUAUGGUAGUUUGUCCUCUAAAAAGCCAUUUAACUCCCUUGAGAAGCUUGACUUUGCAGAAAUGCCGGAUUGGAAGCAGUGGCAUGUACUGGGGAAGGGAGAAUUCCCUAUACUCGAGGAACUUUCGAUUAAAGAUUGCCCAAAGUUUAUAGGAAAAUUGCCUGAAAAUCUUUCUUCUCUGACAGGAUUGAGAAUUUCGAACUGCCCUGAACUCAGUUUGGAGACACCUAUCCGACUUUCAAAUUUAAAAGAGUUAAAAGUUGUUGGUUGUCCUAAGGUUGGAGUUCUUUUUGAGGAUGCUCAACUGUUUACAUCUCAACUUGAAGGAAUGAAACAGAUUGUUGAAUUAGUAAUUACUGAUUGUAAGUCUCUUACCUCCUUACCAAUUAGCAUUCUGCCGAGUACCUUGAAGAGAAUAAGAAUAUCUGGUUGUGGGAAACUAAAUUUGGAGGCGUCCAUGAAUGCUAUGUUUCUCGAGGAACUGUCUUUAAAAGGAUGUGAUUCACCUCAGUUUGUCCCAAGAGCACCCUAUUUGAAUGUAAGUAGUUGCCACAACCUUAAUAGGCUUUUGGUUCCUAUUGCCACUGAAAGACUCAGUAUUAGAGGUUGUGAUAAUCUUGAGAUACUUUCAGUGGCAUGUGGGACUCAGAUGACAUCAUUGCAUAUUCACGACUGCAAGAUUUUGAAGUCGUUGCCAGAGCAUAUGCAGGAACUCCUUCCAUCUCUUAAGGAACUGCAACUAUGGCGUUGUCCAGAAAUAGAUUCCUUUCCUGAAGGAGGAUUGCCCUUCAAUUUACAAGUCCUUUGGAUCAACAAGUGCAAGAAACUGGUGAAUGGCCAAAAGGAGUGGCAUUUACAGAGACUCCUCCGUCUCGAACAGUUAGAGAUCAGCCAUGAUGGCAGUGAUCUUGCUGGUGAAAACUGGGAGUUGCCUAGCUCUAUUCAAAGUCUUACCAUAUCCAAUCUGAAAACAUUAAGCAGCCAACUUCUCAAAAGCCUGACCUCUCUUAAAUAUCUACGUACUUAUAAUUUACCUCAAAUUCAGUCACUGCUGGAAGAAGGGCUUCCCUCAUCUCUUUGUGAGCUACAUUUAACUAGCCAUCAUCAUCUCCAUUCACUACCAACCGAAGGUCUUCAGCAUCUCACCCGGCUUCGACAUCUACAGAUCUGGAAUUGCCCUAAUCUCCAAUCUCUUCCCAAAUCUGGGAUGCCCUCCUCCCUCUCUGUGCUGCACAUUUGGGAUUGUCCUAAUCUCCAAUCUCUUCCUGAAUCGGGGAUGCCCUCCUCUCUCUCUCAGCUGUACAUUUUGAAUUGUCCUAAUCUCCGAUCUCUUCCACUAAAAGAGAUGCCCCCUUCCAUCUCUAAACUAUCUAUUUACAAAUGCCCAUUGCUCAAACCACUCCUACAAUUCGACAAGGGAGAAUACUGGCCAAAAAUUGCUCAAAUUUCCACCAUAAUUAGUAAUGGAGAAUUCCAGUAAUGAUUAAAGGAAAUGGUGCUCUGAUAAAUUGCAAAGUGUCUAUUGCCAAUGCGAAGCUGAGGAAUCAUCUUCAGAUCAGGAUGAAUUUGAUUUUAGCUG